AUGAUAUGUAACGUCAAGCUAGUGCGUUCACAAGCCAGAUUAGCCGCGAGACAAACCAACGUGACGCCCGCUGAGAACAGCAAGUUAGAGGAGGACAUCCAAAAGGUUAUUAAAGAAAUCCACUCCCUCUCUGCUGGAAACACACGCAACUUUGCCAUCCCUUUGUCAGAGGAGCCCCUCAACCUCAAUAUGUAUUAUAGCAUCCUGAGUAACCUCAACAGCCUUUUCCAACCACUGAUGAACGAGGGAUUCUUUGAUGACCUGCCCAAAAUCCUGGUUUGCCUUCUCUCAGAGAGGCAGGACUGUGGGCUAAUGGCAGAGCUAACAAAGGCGGUGUCUCUGGAGAUGGCCCAGCCGCUGCUGAUGUUUUUCUCCUCGCUCAAAUCUCAGACAUGUACUCCACUGACCACCGAAGGAGAGACGAGGAGCUUCUUUGGGACCUACCUGAACAUUGGGGACACAGUCACGGCAGCAUUCAGUGGCUUCCAGCAGAUGUUCAUCAAUAUGCUGUCGAACCUUACGCUGUCUGAGAACCUGACGAAAAUUCUGAGCAGCCUUCUCGAUUCUCUUGCGACAAAUGUGUUGCAUUUCACAGCACUGUUUCUUGAAACACCACUGGACUAUGUCAGAAUAGCUUUAGAGUUUGGAAUCGAGGUCCCAUCUCCGGACGAACAAGAUACCUGCAAGCAAGGAGAUCUGAAGCAGCUAAUUAUGUGGGGACUAAAGCACAAUGUGAGUUGGUCUUUUGGCAUGCCACUUGUUGACAUCCUCCUGGAAACCUUCUUGCCUUCAGAGUGCCUGAUUCCUUCCAGCCUCCUGUUCCAGCGCAGCGCACCACAGCUAAACAAUCACACCUAUGUCAACUACGAGAUCACGUGUGAUCAUCACAACCUGGCUGCUCUCAAUGACACUCUGUGUGCUGAUGUCCUCAUGGGUUUAGGAAAUGGAUCGUCUCUGAUAACAUUUUGCCAGGCCCUGAGCUCCCUGAGCAGCAGCCAGCUGGCGCUUGUGUGGAGCAACAUGUGUUAUAUUUUUCAGGCGCUGUUUUCUCCACUCGUCAGCAAGUCGUCUGACUGUGUGGUUGGGGACGCGCAGCCUUCGGCUGUCUCCAGCCCUCUGAAUGAGUCUCAGUUGGUCUCUCCAUCUGCUCUCCGUCGAGUCGCCAGGGAGGUCUCAAGCCUCCGACAGCUCGCCUGUGACUACAGCAGCUGGGUGAACAACACUGUAGAUGCUGUUCUUGUGACUUUCUGCAGUGAAAAUGACCAGAUGCAGUUUGUGGGGCAGGUCUGUAACAAUGCUUCACUGAUGAAGAAAUUGCUGUCAGACCAGAAGAACCGUUGGCUGUAUGCAUUUUGUUCCAACUUCUCUGCCGGCGCCGCAUACCUGGUGAAUCAGUUCUGCAUGUACGAGCAGUGGCUCAACCAGCCUGCUCAGGUAGUGGACUCCGCCCUGUUGCAGUUCUGCUUCAGCUUUGAUGCUCCAAGACUGACCAGUCUCAUCUGUGAGCACACUGGAUUCUUGAUGCUUCUCAUCUCCAAUCCUGACAACUGGCCGCUGAUGCCCAACUGUUCAGGCUCAUCUCCACCACUGUUCACCUACCCUGAGUUAGAGCCGGAUUACUGCCAGUACUCAGAGUGGCAUGACGUGAUGCAGAUUACCACAGACAUUUUGUCAAAGUGCAUCCGCGUUGAUCAGAGCGGAUUCGCGAGAGAGGUCUGUCAGAACAAAACGUUUCUGAACAGCCUUCUGCAAAAUAAAGAGAUUGCAUGGCUCGAGUCCCACUGCAGCACCUCUAUGGUUUCUCCUCCCCCUGGGCCAACACCAUCCUUUAACCUGGCAGCAUGGUGCGACUACCACAACUGGGCUGAGAAGUGGGUAGAUGAUUCAGUCGUCGGCCUCUGCUGGCAGAACGAUCAGGUCUCCUUUCAGGAGAACGUGUGCUGCAAGACAGCUGUGUUUGAAAAGCUUCUGGAAAACCCUCUGAACAAAUGGCUCACAUCUGUCUGCACCGACCUGGAAGAAAUAACCAUGACACCAGAGGUGUGCACGUACUCUGACUGGACCCGUCCCAUCAUCGUGGACAUGACUGAUCUUGCUUUGUGUGCUGAGAUUGACCAACAGAACUUCACCUCCAAAGUCUGUACUAAUAGCACAGUCCUUCAGAACCUGCUGGCCAAUCAGGACAACGCCUGGCUGAUACGGUACUGCGGCAAUUAUUCAGUGAUUCCUACUCCAGGAGGACAGACCAUCCAACCUGGAAUCAAUGCCACUGAGCAGUGUCUGUACUCCAACUGGAUCACUUCUCUUCCAAAUGCAAAGCUCCUGGUUCACUGCUGGGAGAAAGACCAGGCCAAUUUCAUCUCAUCUAUUUGCCCCAACGUUGGCGUCCUCUUGUUUCUGUCCCGGGAACCUUCCACAGCCUGGGUGAGCAACAUCUGUACGGCCUACACCAACUACACCACCACCAACAACAGCACCACUACAAAACCCAAUGAUUGUGCAUCACAAACUCUGAUCAAGCAGUUCAGCUUCAUGUGCCCACAGUACUUCAUCCCAGACUGUAAGCCUUGUCCCAGUCAGAACACGGUUUUGCAGAUGAUCGUGCGCUGCUGGGUGGAGAGACUGAACUCCAGGAUGGAGGAUCUGCUGACUACACCUGUGACUGAAGUGUUGAAUCGGGCAGUUGCUGCAACUGUGGUGAUCCUGCUGGCUGUGGAGGACUCUAUGGGUCCCAUUUGGCAAGUCAACAACGCCAUAGAACAAAGUACUCUGACAUCUGUUGUUGACUACUUACAGAGAGAAAUCAACCAGGACAGGAAGAAGGUCUUGCUACAGUGUUUCGGGACAGUUCUCAGCAGACUGCUGGAGACAUCAAGAGACAAGAUCGGCAUUGCACUCCUUUUAAUCAAGGAGUACCUCAGCUUGCCUUUGAGAAGCGUGCAGCCGGUGCUGGCUGCAGCACAUAUCAACACCAUCAGAGUAAUCCUCCAGUAUUACAACAGUUUCAAGGGCACCAUACAGUUAUCUAAAGAGUACCAGUCGACCAUGGUGUCAGUGAUACUUAAGACCCACCUAGCAGCAGAUAACGAUCUUCUUCUUGACCUGGGUUCUCUGCUGGUCGCAGUCAGUCCAGAUGAUAUCAAGACAUUUCCCUCCUUACAGAACAAUGUCAAUUUGUGGGAGACCAUUAACGCGAACUUGGACAGAAUGAGCCUGGCUCAGCAGGAGGCCUUUGGCUUGUGGUACAGCAAAAUUUUAUCUCCCUCCAACAUCACUAGAGGUCAACAGUCACUCAUCGGGGACACAGGAAACCUGAUCGCCUACUUGCCUUUCCACCUCUUCCAACACCUCUCAGCUGCUCAGCUGUUGGAUGGACUGGAUGUGCUGCAGAGAAACACCCUCUCGCCGCUAAAGCAGGAUUUCAUCGCCAACAAACUUAUUAGGACCUACAGGAACAUGACAGCUCAGGAUCUAAUGAGAUUGGGAGAUCUCUUAUGCCUCGCAGAGGCUCAGGAUCUCCUUGUUUACAAAAACACUGAGGUCUUCCAGGUCAUCCAAGAGAAUAUUAUGAACUGCACACUCAGUGGACUCAGUGUGCCCAGCCAGCUGGUUUCUGAUCUCUUACUGAGCAACCCAGAGUUUAAGAUCCCAUCCUCACUCAGUCCUGACCGACUGAAAGAGAUCGCUCCACUCCUGCCCCUGCUGAGCGUAACUUUCCUGAAUGGUCUGACGACGUCCCAGUUGCUCUCCGCUCUUCCUGCCCUCAGCACCGUACCGUUUACUCCAACACAGGCCUCCAUAAUAAUGGACAAACUUCUAACUAACGCACGGAUCCCAGUCCAGCUGGAGGAGCUCGGUUCCCUCAUUGUUGGUGUAAAGACAGAGACCCUCCUGUCUCUCACCUCUGACAAACUGCUCUCCGCCUUGAAGGUCUUCGCUCAACACACUCCCGCUCGCUGCCGGCCAUACAUGUCUGUCUUCUGUGCGCCGGAAGCAAACGCCAUUGCCACGAAACUAUGGGGCUUCCCUGAAGUUGUCAGCUGGUUGGACGACGUGGAGCCUCUGCUCAGAUGGACGCCUCUGAUAUGUAUCCUUCCAAGAACUCCGCUUCUUGUGAAAAAUCUCUCCAAUACCGCCACGAAACCCUGGAAAACACAGCAGGCUCAAGCAAUUGUCAAGGCGGUUAAUACUUACACAAAUCAAAUCAAGCAAAAUUUUCUGAGCCUGGGAACACUGAGUCAGGGUGUGAGCUGCCAGGACCUACACCAGCUUUUACAGGCUGAUCGGUCACCUUCUUUUGUAAGGAAGAUCUUGGCCCUCCUCAGGCAACAGCCCGGUCUUCUUCACACUGCACUGAAAAGGUGUGUGAUUGAGGAGCUGUACCCACUUCAGUUCUUCGCUGACCUGCUUCAAGAUCUUGGAGCUGAAAUUGCGUUGUGCAUACCGAUGGACAUCAUUAGGUUGUUUCCUGCAGAAAUGAUGGGCAUUCUGAAGAAGAUGAUUGUUGCCUCCCCUCAGUACUUUCUCAUGUUAACUAGAAUACAGCAGGAGAUUCUUGUGGACAAAAUCAUUCAGAGGAUGAACAUGUACACCGGGCCAUUCACUGAAGAGGAGUUUCGUUCACUAGACAUUCUGGCCCCAUUUGUGGCGGAUGAAGUUUUCGUUCAGGUGGAUCGAAGCUUCUUCGCUAAAAACCUGGAUUACCUCCAAAGGCUUUGCUACAGCAGCAGCAAGAUGGAAAUCGUGGCCCGUAUUCUGCAAGAACCGGCUGUUUUUGGGCCAGUGACGAACUGGACCCAGGACACGCUAAGUGUAGUGGGACGGUUUCUCUUCUUCCUGCCUUCUAACGUUUUGCAGGACCUGCCAUUGUCGCUGAUGACAGUGGGGCGCGUAGAGAAGCUGUUCAUGAGCCAGCGUCAGUGGGAAGAUGGCGACGUGGGGAUCCUCUGCUCCGACACGAAUGAAAGAAAGGAUGUCUUUAGCAAACAGCAGUUUGUUCUGCAGUUUUUCCUGGGCUUCCUUAAAAUGAAUUCUUUGUCAUUGUCUCCAAUUGUUCCUACCUGUGAGAUCUUGCGCACCACGGCCCCCUCUGCUUGGACCUCCAGCAGCUUCAGCAGCAUGUCUUCAUCGGCCUUCUCCAACUGUCUGGAGCUGAUAGGCCAGGACCCGUUUCUCGCGUCCUACCAGCGUACCGAGAUUCUCAAAAGAGUCAAAAAGAUGUACGGACCCGCCUCCUCCUUCUCCCAGUCUGUGAUCGCUCAGCUGGGUGGGAUAGCAGUAGAGCUGUCACCAGAGGAGCUGAGUACUCUUCGACUGACAGAGCGACGGAGUAUUAGCGCUUUGGGAGCUCUCAACACCUGGAACAAAAGACAGCUGACUGCACUGUUUACCGCUGUGUUAAACUCUACCAAGCUGACACCAAGCAAGCUCGACUCCAGUAUGCUGGUGGCCCUGGGCCACAUUGUGUGUGGAGCUCAAAUCGCAGAGAUCAACACUUUCAACAAUGUGGAGUUCAGUAAGGCGGUUCUCUGGCUGGGGAAGCUCAACCUGUCCUGCUCAGAGGAGCAGAUGGGGGCUUUGGUUGGGCUGCUCACCAACAGUCUUGCUUUUGGACUCAUGAGUUCAUGGGGCACAGAUGUGUUUAUUGAGAUUGGAGCUCUGGCAGCUGGCCUUCCUGACAUUGUCAUGUCAUCUCUGGUGAAAGAGCAAAUCGAAGGAAUCUCACCCAUGGCUAUGUCCAUGAUACCACCUAAGAAGUUUUCUGUGGUAUUUCACCAGGACCAGAUCAACAUGUUCACCUAUGAGCAGGCUUAUGCAUUGACUCCACAGCAGCGCGCGGCUCUGACAGAUGUCCAGAAGAGAGCUGUAGACAUGGUGCUGACUUGCUGGAAAAGAAACAUAGAUUUGUCAGCAGGGCUGGCACAGAGCCACAGCCCUCUGUGCAUCAUACUGGGACUGCUGAUGGUGCUGGCCAUCCGGUUCUGACCCGACACAUGAACCCGCUCACUCUACUGGACCAGAAGCUCCAUCACAGCACUAAAAACACAUCUCAUUUACAACUCUGGACUUUGAAACAUGACAGUUAAUGAAAUCACAAUGUGUUUUCAGCAGCAAUCAAUCAGUUUGAAAGCUUUAUAGAUUAACUCAUGGCAGAAAAAAAAUAUAUACAGUAUUUAUUUUUUUAUAAGCGUAAUUGAAUCCAUGCUGCCCUAAUUUAUUAGUCUUUAUGGGCAACUUCUGCCUCAGACCUACAGAUUUAUAUAUAUACUUUUCAAAUAAUAUAUAUUCUAAGAGUGGUAAACCCAUUCUAAUCUUGCAGUGCGUUUUGCAUUGUUGUGGACACUUUACAUUAUGAAUAUUAAAGACUAAAUUCUUCC